AUGUUAUUUCCUGGAUGGGACGUCCGAUUCCUGCUGUUGGGGCUGGGAGCGACUUGCAUGCUGCAGGGCUGUGGCAGCAAUGGAGGUGACAUGGCCCCUGAUAUAAUCAAGGGAGGGGAGGACAUCAUGUCUCAAAAAGCGCAUGGUACUUGUGUCGCGGCCCCCAAGCAGCCACUGCGCUGGAAUGCUGAUUAUGAAACAGCAGACAGAAUUAGCUGUUUCAACCGGCACUAUGCAGAGUUCGCAGGCUCUUGGGAAAGUACCGGCCUACCAGCAGACAUUGCCAGUCAGGAGCCUGGAUCGGCUAUCACUUUCUAUGACGUUGUGACUGGUAAGCCGCUCUUUGUGGCUCCGAAGGGAAGAAGCUGGGAAGACUUCAACCAGGAAUCUCAAAGCCAUGGCUGGCCCUCUUUCCGUGACGAGGAAGUGAUAACUGACUACGUUCGAGUUCUCCCAGACGGAGAGGCUGUGAGUGUCGAUGGCACUCACCUUGGCCACAACCUUCCCGACAAUAAAGGAAACCGCUACUUGGUGUGCAACAACCAUGUGACUGUGAGGUGA